AUGUCAGCAUUAAAUCCAGUGCAGCUAGCACUUCUAGUGCUGCUAUCAUAUUUCCUUGCCGUGUCGGGGACAAGUGACAACGAUCGGGCCAAAUCACGCCAGCGACGCUUUUUAAUCUUUCCACGCGCCAAUCCACAACGUUUGCAGCUGAUCGGAGGUUUCGGUAUUCCGGCCGAUAUACAGCUCGAAUCCGUCACGAUGGGAUACGUGUUCAAAUCGGUCUAUCUGUUACCGUGGAACUCAUCGCACUGGAUACCGCCCUUUCUCGAUCGCCAUGAGUUUGAGACGGCCCGUGCACCGCAUGAUGGCCUUCGCAGGCGAGAAACCGUGACGAGGACGCCACUAGUGAUAUCACCUCAGAAGUUGUACGAACGUUACACUGAUCAGUUGGAUGACAGUUGGACCGGUGGAGACGUGCCUGCAGAAUCUGCAUCUACUUCAUCACAAUCUCGAUGGACGUUUUAUCGCAUGCUGGAACAACUGUUCGAUCAAAAAGGCUUGAAUGGCCGGAGCUGUGUGUUGCGAGCGAUUUGUGAAGGCUCUGUAGCUGGUUUUACGCAUACCAGCGGAUUGAUCGGUGAACUGUUGCACAUUGCCUUUACGCCUUCCUCCACCGACGAUGUCCAGACGGAACCGCACCACACAUUGUACGGCCAGGCGGAAAGGAUACCCGAUACGAUGAGUGCCACUAAAAGUGGCGCAUCUGUUUGCGCUGACAUGUAUGCCGAAUGUAAACUAUCGUUGUUGGAUUCGUUUUCUACUGUAUUUAAUGGGUUGAUAAGUGCAAUGUGA